UUUUAAUUUUUUAUCUUCUUCUAUUGUUUUACUUUUAUUAUUCUGAAUUUAUGUUCAUAUUUUCUUCCAUCUUUCAUCUUACACAUUCCUAAAGAUGUCUGGUAAAAAGCAGGAUGACUGGAUCAAAUGCAGCAAAUGUAAAAGAUUCUUUCCCAGGAAAUUAUUUAAUCAACAUGAAAACAUGUGUAUUCCAGGAGAGAAAUAUGGAAAUACUGAAUUGUCUAGCAAGUUCCAGUCUGGUUUUAUAAGUAAAGGGCUUCUCUAUGGAAAAAUAUUGAAAACAGCAUCCAUGAAAAAUGAAAAAAUACUAAAUGAAAGACGAAACUUUGUCAUACUCAAUACAUCUACGAUAAAAGCUCUGGGCUUACAUUUAGGGUCUUUGGUUUCUGUACAUCUAAACAACAAACAUAUUGUCAGAAAAAUAUGGCCGUCGUCACAAAUACAAUUAGACCGCGUUGGCAUUCACGAAUCAGUAUCAACCAAUUUCAAGGUGACAGACGAUGAUAUGGUGGUUCUUCAUGGUAUGCUUGGUAUAUCAUUCCAUGCAAAUAAACUUCUACUUGCUUCUUGUGACCCAUCAGAAUUUGAGAUAUCGCCACAAUUUUUGCAAUACUCUUCGUUCUAUUUAGAAAACGCGUUUGUUUAUCCUGGUGAAGUAAUUGAUAUUCCACAUUAUGGCCAAAUGAAGCAGUUUUAUGUGACUUCGGUUGAAGGGGAUCUUGGGACAUAUGAACAAUCAAUUGAGAAUCUUGAUGAAUUUCUUGCUAAGGAUUUGGCAACUCUAAAUAUAAGCAAUAGCAACGGAAAUAUUUCAAAAUGUAUCGAUAAUUCUUGUGACACGAGUUAUUCAUUUGUGAGCAACAAAACUGAAGUUUCAAAUAUUGACGAUGACAGUAUGUCUACCUACUACAGUUUUAGUUGUGAUGAGUCUAUCCGUCAAGAUACCGCUGAUAAUCAGAAUUGUUCUGAUGUCAUGUUAACAUCAACGCCUGUUAAGGCAAAUCAAGAAUCAUCGAACAAUUCCUACGACAUAUCUUGUUCUUAUUGUCCAUCUGAAACAGUGGCAUAUUACAUCACCGCUGCAGCUACUAAAGUCAUUAUUACCCAAUCAGCGGACGGGAAGGACAAGCCUGAACGAGUUAUUAAAGAGAAACUGACGUAUGACUCGGUAGGAGGACUUGAUAAGCAAAUACGAACGUUAAAAGAAAUGGUAGAGUUAUCAAUCAAGUCGCCUCACGUGUUUCAAUCGUAUGGCUUAACUCCUCCACGUGGUGCCCUGCUCUUUGGUCAAUCAGGUACAGGGAAAUCACUUCUAGCAAGGACGGUCAUGAGCGAGUCGGGUGUACACUGUAUUACGAUUAACGGGCCAGACAUUCUCAGUCGGUAUUAUGGUGAAAGUGAAGCAAAGUUACGAAAUAUUUUUCUUGAUGCCGAGCGCAACGCUCCAUCAAUUAUAUUCAUUGAUGAACUUGAUGCUCUGUGUCCAAAACGUGACAAACUUCAGAAUGAGUUUGAAAAGAGAAUAGUUGCUACCUUACUUACUUUGAUGGAUGGCUUAACUAAACCAUCAGCGUCAAGUGUAUUUGUUUUGGCUGCGAGCAAUCGUCCGGAUUCCCUAGACUCUGCUUUGCGUCGUCCUGGAAGAUUUGAGAAAGAAAUAGAAUUUGGGAUCCCAAAAGCAAGUGAAAGAGCCGACAUUCUUUCCAAACUGUUGAAGAAAAUACCACAUUGUUUGUCAAAUGAUGAAAUUAUAAUGUUCGCUGAUAACGCACAUGGGUAUGUUGGAGCGGAUCUUAUGGCGGUUGUCAAGGAAGCAAGCAUUCUUGCAUUGAAAAGAAAUCUUCCGGAUGUCUCUCUACCAAGGAGUUAUGACGAGUCUGAACAAAACAAACAGUUUGUCAUUUUAAUUGAUGACUGCAAAGAAGCCUUCCAACAUGUGCGACCUAGUGGUUUGAGAGAAGUUGCUAUUGAUGUGCCUAAGGUGUAUUGGAAUGACAUCGGAGGGAACGCAACAGUAAAACAGAAGUUGAAACAAGCAAUCGAAUGGCCCCUCAAACAUCCCGAGGCAUUCACUCGUAUGAAUAUCGAUCCGCCGAAAGGUAUUCUCAUGUAUGGCCCACCAGGCUGCAGUAAGACUCUUAUUGCUAAAGCAUUAGCAACCGAAAGUGGAUUAAAUUUUAUUGCGGUGAAAGGUCCCGAGAUAUUUAGUAAGUGGGUUGGAGAAUCAGAGAAGGCAAUACGACAGGUGUUUCAUAAAGCACGCACAGCCGCUCCGUGUGUUGUGUUUUUUGACGAGAUUGAUGCCGUAGCAAGCCAACGUGGAGGCGGUGAUGCUGAUGUAUCUAAUGUAUCUGAACGUGUUUUAACACAACUUCUAACAGAACUUGAUGGUGUCGAAACGCUGAAUGAUGUAACGUUAGUUGCAGCUACAAACAGACCUGAUGUCAUUGAUAAAGCUUUAAUGCGACCAGGUCGCAUUGAUCGUAUUAUAUAUAUCCCGUUACCAGAUCACGAAACAAGAAAGGAGAUAUUUAAUAUUCAUUUACGAGAUACACCACUCGAUCCAGCGGUGAAUAUCGAUGACAUUAUUGCUCAGACGGAGGGGUAUUCUGGGGCUGAAAUAACAGCGAUAUGUCGUGAGGCGGCAUUAGCUGCUCUGCAAGAUGACAUUAAUGCAAUGAAUGUUAAACAUGAACAUUUCCUUCAAGCUUUGCAAACCGUCAAACCAAGAAUAUCUUCAGAUCUUGUUCAGUAUUAUAAAAAAUUCCAGGAACAUUGCGGAAUACAUAGUUUAUAGUGAAAAAUGCAAUCGUACAUCGUCAUUCGUGUGAAAUAAAAAGACAAUGUUUUUCAUAAUUAUGGCCGUUAUGACUUAUGAGGUGCAGCACAACAUUCUUUAGUUGGAACAACGUGAGCGUUUUUUAGCAGUUUUCACUGCAUGAGCUAGUGGCAGCAGCCAGUGAACUGAACUGUGAACAUAAAUGAAAAAUCCUGCAAAUCAUCACUUAAUUGUACGGUUAUUGUGUCUGUCUGUGUUUUAUUAACGAUGAAUGACGAAAACCGAGUAUACAAACAAACACCACGCGAUUUAUAAACAACGAUAUUUUUGUGACUCACAAACGGAAUGACUCACUCAUUCAUGGCAUCAUUGGCAUGAAUUCAAAAUUUGGCAAAUUACGAGAAAAACGACCUCAAUUCGUUCAUUAGCAAGCCCGAUUGAGAUAUGUUUGGAUCAUUUUGCCAAACGCAGAUAUUAGAAACAAGAAGAUUUAGGCUAAAGAGUAAAGUAAUGGUCAGUGCCUCAGUGGUGACUCUUUGAAAUGAGCCCGUGACUGAACCAACAGACAUCUCCAAGUUCCCGUCCAUUGAUUGAUGAAAAUAAUUUUAAGAAUAGUGAAAAUAUUGCAGCCAAUUUGAGAAGGAAUUAAA